AUGGGCAUCGGGGGACGCAGGAUGCGGGGGGCGCCGGCGCGCCUGCUGCUGCCGCUGCUGCCGUGGCUUCUGCUCCUGGCGCGCGAGACCCGGGGCGCGCCCGGCUGCCCCGUCCCCAUCCGCAGCUGCAAGUGCUCGGGGGAGCGGCCCAAGGGGCUAAGCGGCGGCGCCCCCAACCCGGCGCGCAGGAGGGUGGCGUGCGGCGGCGGGGAACUCCCGGAGCCUCCGGAGCCCAGCCUUCUGCCUAACGGCACCGUUACCCUGCUCCUGAGCAACAACAAGAUCACUGGGCUCCGAAAUGGAUCCUUCUUGGGACUGUCCCUGCUGGAGAAGUUGGACCUGAGGAAUAACGCCAUCAGCACGGUGCAGCCCGGUGCCUUCCUGGGCCUGGGGGAGCUGAAGCGCUUAGAUCUCUCCAACAACCGGAUUGGCUGUCUCACCUCCGAGACCUUCCAAGGCCUCCCCAAGCUUCUACGGCUAAACAUAUCUGGAAACAUCUUCUCCAGCCUGCAACCCGGGGUAUUUGAUGAGCUGCCAGCCCUUAAGCUUGUGGACUUCGGCACUGAGUUCCUGACUUGCGACUGCCACCUGCGCUGGCUGCCGUCCUGGGCCCGGAAUCACUCCCUGCAGCUGUCUGAGCGCACGCUCUGUGCCUACCCCAGUGCCCUGCACGCCCAGGCCCUGGGCGGCCUCCAGGAGGCCCAGCUGCGCUGCGAGGGGGCCCUGGAGCUACACACGCACCACCUGAUCCCAUCCCUACGCCAAGUGGUGUUCCAGGGUGACCGCCUGCCCUUCCAGUGCUCUGCCAGCUACCUGGGCAACGACACCCGCAUCCGCUGGUACCACAACCGGGCCCCCGUGGAGGGCGACGAGCAAGCGGGCAUCCUCCUGACCGAGAGCCUCAUCCACGACUGCACCUUCAUCACCAGCGAGCUGACCCUGUCUCACAUCGGUGUGGGGGCCUCAGGCGAAUGGGAGUGCUCCGUGUCCACGGUCCAGGGCAACGCCAGCAAGAAGGUGGAGAUCGUGGUGCUUGAGACCUCCGCCUCCUACUGCCCCGCCGAGCGUGUCGCCAACAACCGAGGGGACUUCAGGUGGCCUCGAACUCUGGCUGGCAUCACAGCCUACCAAUCCUGCCUGCAGUAUCCCUUCACCUCGGUGCCCCUGAGCGGGGGUGCCCCCGGCACCCGGGCCUCCCGCCGGUGUGACCGAGCUGGCCGCUGGGAGCCGGGGGACUACUCCCACUGUCUGUACACCAACGACAUUACCCGGGUGCUCUACACCUUCGUGCUGAUGCCCAUCAAUGCCUCCAACGCGCUGACCCUAGCCCACCAGCUGCGCGUGUACACGGCUGAGGCUGCCAGCUUCUCAGACAUGAUGGACGUAGUCUAUGUGGCUCAGAUGAUCCAGAAAUUUUUGGGUUAUGUCGACCAGAUCAAAGAGCUGGCGGAGGUGAUGGUGGACAUGGCCAGCAACCUCAUGCUGGCGGAUGAGCACCUGCUGUGGCUGGCCCAGCGCGAGGACAAGGCCUGCAGCGGCAUCGUGGGCGCCCUGGAGCGCAUUGCGGGGGCCGCCUUGAGCCCCCAUGCUCAGCACAUCUCUGUGAACUCGAGGAACGUGGCACUGGAGGCCUACCUCAUCAAGCCAAACAGCUACGUGGGCCUGACCUGCACGGCCUUCCAGAGGAGGGAGGCAAGUGGGCCUGGCGCCCGCCCCGCAGGCCUUGGCCAGAACCCCUCCCCUGAGCCGGAGCCCCUGGCUGACCAGCAGCUCCGCUUCCGCUGUACCACCGGGAGGCCCAACGUUUCUCUGUCAUCCUUCCACAUCAAGAACAGCGUGGCCCUGGCCUCCAUCCAGCUGCCGCCCAGUCUGUUCUCGUCCCUUCCGGCCGCCCUGACUCCCCCAGUCCCCCCAGACUGCACCCUGCAACUGCUCGUCUUCCGAAAUGGCCGCCUCUUCCGCAGCCAUGGCAACACCUCCCGCCCCGGAGCUGUGGGACCCGGCAAGAGGCGCGGCGUGGCCACCCCUGUUAUCUUCGCAGGAACAAGUGGCUGUGGCGUGGGAAACCUGACGGAGCCAGUGGCCAUUUCCCUGCGGCACUGGGCUGAGGGGGCCGAACCCGUGGCAGCCUGGUGGAGCCAGGAGGGGCCAGGCGGGGCUGGGGGCUGGCGUUCCGAAGGCUGCCAGCUGCGCUCCAGCCACCCCAAUGUCAGCUCUCUGCACUGCCAGCACCUGGGCAACGUGGCCGUGCUCAUGGAGCUGAGUGCCUUUCCCAGGGAGGUGGGGGGCUCGGGGGCAGGGCUGCAUCCGGUCGUGUACCCCUGCACAGCCCUGCUGCUGCUCUGCCUCUUCUCCACCAUCAUCACCUACAUCCUCAACCACAGCUCCAUCCACGUGUCCCGGAAGGGCUGGCACAUGCUGCUGAACCUGUGCUUCCACAUGGCCAUGACCUCCGCCGUCUUUGCAGGAGGCAUCACACUCACCAACUACCAGAUGGUCUGCCAGGCGGUGGGCAUCACCCUGCACUACUCUUCACUGUCCACACUGCUCUGGAUGGGUGUGAAGGCCCGCGUCCUCCACAAGGAGCUCACCUGGAGGGCGCCCCCUCCACAGGAAGGGGACUCUGCCCCAUCUGCUCCCCGUCCCAUGCUCCGGUUCUAUUUGAUCGCCGGAGGGAUCCCACUCAUCAUCUGUGGCAUCACAGCCGCUGUCAACAUCCACAACUACCGGGACCACAGCCCCUACUGCUGGCUGGUGUGGCGUCCAAGCCUAGGAGCCUUCUACAUCCCGGUGGCUUUGAUUCUGCUGAUUACCUGGAUCUAUUUCCUGUGUGCAGGGCUGCGUUUGAGGGGUCCUCUGGCACAGAGCUCAAAGGGGGGCACGAGCAGGGUCUCCCUCGACCCAGGGGAGGAGCUGAGGGGUUCCACCAGACUCCGGAGCAGUGGCCCCCUCCUGAGUGACUCAGGCUCCCUUCUGGCUACCGGGAGCGCCGGGGUGGUGACGCCUGGACCCCCAGAGGAUAUUGAUGGCCUCUAUUCUCCGGGAGUCCAGCUGGGGGCGCUGGUGACCACGCAUUUCCUGUACCUGGCCAUGUGGGCCUGCGGGGCUCUGGCGGUGUCCCAGCGCUGGCUGCCCCGGGUCGUGUGCAGCUGUCUGUAUGGGGUGGCGGCCUCGGCCCUGGGCCUCUUCGUCUUCACCCACCACUGUGCCAGGCGCAGGGACGUUAGGGCCUCCUGGCGCGUCUGCUGUCCCCCUGCCUCGGCCUCGCGUGCGUCACCUCCAGCCGUGCCGGCCGCCGCCCCAGACGACGGUUCCCCGGUGUUCGGAGAGGGACCCGCUUCCCUGAAGUCAUCCCCGAGUGGCAGCAGCGGUGGCCACGCCCCGCCCCCAGGCCCCUGCAAGCUCACCAACCUGCAGCUGGCCCAGAGUCAGGUGUGCGAGGCAGGGGUGGUGGCCCGUGGGGAAGGGGAGCCAGAGCCCGUGGGCUCCCGAGGAAGCCUCGCCCCUCGCCACCCCAACAACCUGCCCCACGGGCGCCGAGUGCACAAGAGUCGGGCCAAGGGGCACCGCACGGGGGAGGCGGGCAGCAAGAACCGGCUCAAGGCACUGCGCGGGGGCGCGGCGGCCGGGGCACCCGAGCUACUGUCCAGCGAGAGCGGCAGCCUGCACAACAGCCCGUCCGACAGCUACCCGGGCAGCAGCCGCAACAGCCCCGGCGCCCGCCUCCAGCUGGAGGGCGAGCCCACGCUCACGCCAUCGGAGGGCAGCGACACGAGCGCUGCGCCGCUCCCAGAGGCUGGUCGGCCGGGCCAGCGCCGCAGCGCCAGUCGCGACAACCUCAAGGGCGCGCUGGAGAAGGAAAGCAAGCGCCGCUCCUACCCGCUCAACACGGCCAGUCUGAACGGUGCCCCCAAAGGUGGCAAGUACGAUGACAUCACGAUGGCCUCUGGCGCUGAGGCGGCCGGUGGCGGCUGCAUGAAGACGGGCCUCUGGAAAAGCGAGACCACCGUCUAGGGUGGGGCGGGUGACACUUUAGGACUUGCUAGCCACAUGGGCUUGUUAUCCCCGGCUUCCCGGGGGACCUCAAAGACGUCUGUCGGUACGUCCAGGUUUGAGGUGGAAGUGCCCAGGGCUGCACCUGGGCUCACCAGCUUUAGCUCUAGAGGUUGGGGGAAGGACUAGGCAGAGGCCUACCACUGCCGAGAGGGCCAUCCCUCUGGGGUAGCGACAGACAAUCCCAGAGCCACAGGCAGGAUAAUUUCCAUCCCAGCCCCGGCUAGUCUGGGCAGUUUUCAGUGCUGUCCAGCAGGCUCCUCCUGACGUGCUCCCCGCAUCUUGUCCACCCUGACUCAUGGGUGGUCAUCAGCUUUAUUAGGAGAACACGGAUGGGAGCUUGAGAACAAUGUUCUCUCACUGCCCUCUCCUCAAGUCUGCCACCUGGGCCUAGAUUCUAGGGCCUCUCACCCACCCAUUUUUGGCUAACUGGGGAGCCAGCCUUAGCAGAUGAGCCAGGUGACCAGGACCAACCGGAGGUGACAUGGUGCUGCUUUACAGAUUAACUAUGCAAGAGGGGAAGGCGGGACAGUGUGUGAGAGGCAGCUUGGGAGACCAAGGCAGGAGGGCAGGUGCACGAUUGGGGGGGGGAUACCAUUCCCACACGAGUGGUACACAUACCAUACAGCAGGGCUCCAAAGUGGCACUUCAAGGCAAAGCCAAGGGUCUACACCUAAGAAGUGCACGCUGCCUAGGGAUGUGAGGGAAGUAGAGUAGUGCUUAGGUUUGGGGCUGAAGUUAGUCCUGCCUCAAACCUAGUCCUAUAAACAAUGCCCUGAGGGGGGCUCCAGCACAGGAAUGCAGGUGGUGUUGGAGAAGCACUUUCUGUCCAAUGACAAGACCCAUGUCCCCAUCUCAGCCUCCCAACACGAAGGGACUAAGGAGAAGUACUUCCCUGCCUCCAUGAGGCCACAGGGAAGACCCAUGCCAAUCAUCUGAUCUCUAGCUCCCUUUUAAGGGGAAACCUCCAAAACAUCAAACCAGCUUCCUGCCACAGAGAAGCCGAGGCCAAAUCCUUCCAGGUGGCAGGCACAGUCCCUACAUCUCCCCUGGGGCCUGAGCCUCCACUUUUAAACACCAGCACUCCUAUUUCUCCCCCAACCUAAGAAGCAACCGCCAGCCUUUUACUACAGGACCCAGUAAACGUGGAGGGAACCUGGGGCCUUGUACACAGCAUCAUGAAAACAAGGCCUAGUCCGGGUCCCCUCUCAGUCACCCCAGCCUGAUCACCAAGGUGAAAAAAGGCACAGGGGAGGAAAGGAAACCACACGCCUUGGGAUGGAUCCUGUUAUUUAUGCUUGCUGCACAGACGAUAUUAGACAGGAAAAAAAAAAAAAAAGCUUUGUAUUAUUCUUCCACAUAUGCUGGCUGCUGUUUACAUACCCUGCCAAUGCCUUAGCACUGGAGAGCUUUUUGCAAU